CCGCCAGGCAAGCGCAGAAAGGAGCGGAAAGAAUGAGGAGCAGAGCUUUUCGCCUGAUUUCAAAUCGCCGUUUUACUACAGAGUCAGAAACCCAAACCCUCUACUCCUUUCUCCGGCCGUCAAUCUUUUCUUUGAGAACAGCUCAUUCUCCUCCUUCCACCGCCGCAUCGAAACUCAAUGACGCCACCCGCAAGUCCCUAACCGAAGAACAAAAAUUCAAUCUUGAAUCUGCUCUCCAUGCUUCCCUCACAACCCAAAACACAGAUGAGGCCUGGAAGUCAUUUAAGGCUCUCUCCAACAGCUCUUCCUUCCCAAAUAAGUCCUUAGCCAAUUCCCUCAUCAUCCACUUGGCAUCCCUCUCCGACACUCAAAACCUCAAGAGGGCAUUUGCGUCUGUGGUCUUCUUAAUCGAAAAGAACCCAUCUCUGAUUUCCCAUGAAACUAUCGAGCACCUGUUAAAUUCUAUGAAGAAUGCCAACACUGCCGCCCCUGCUUUUGCACUGGUCAAGUGUAUGCUCAAGAAUCGAUUUUUUGUUCCUUUUGGCAUAUGGGGUAACACCGUUGUUGAUAUCAGUAGAAAAACAGGUACCUUGGCUGCUUAUUUACCCAUUUUUAAUGAGAUUUGUUCGAUUGCUAUGGAUGAAAACUUGGUGUUCUUGAAACCUGAUUUGGCUGCCUGUAAUGCUGCUCUAGAUUUUUGCUGCCGUGAGGCGGAGUCGGUCAUUGCCGUCAAUAAGGUUGUUGAUACAAUGUCAAUUUUGGGUAUUAGGCCAGAUGAGCAUACUUUUGGAUUUUUAGCUUAUUUGUAUGCCAGAAAGGGGCUAAAAGAUAAAAUCCUUGAGUUAGAAGACCUUAUGACUAAGUUUAAAUUCCCCAAUUCAAACAUUUUCCGAAGUAGUUUGAUUUCGGGAUACAUGAAAUCGGGUAAUUUAGAAUCUGUAACAGCUACUAUCAUACAUAGUUUAGGAGUCAAUGGAGCAGAAGGUAAAAUAACUUUAAGUCAAGAAACAUAUAGUGAAAUUGUGAAAGGAUUCCUUGACAAUGGUGGAAUCAAGAGUCUAGCUAAUUUGAUAGUCGAAGCACAAAAGCUGGAAUCUUUUGCAGUUAUUACAGUUGAAAAAUCAGUUGGGUAUGGUGUGAUUACUGCUUGUGUUAACCUAGGAUUAUUGAAUAAGGCACACACCAUCAUUGAAGAGAUGAACAUCCAUGGGGCUUGUUUAGAUGUUGGUGUCUAUAUCCCAAUACUAAAUGCAUACUGCAAAGAACACAAAACAGCUGAAGCUACUCAGUUGGUUACACAAAUCACCACCUCUGGUUUCCAGCUGGAUGCUAGUAUCUAUGAUUCUCUAAUAGAAGCUUCCAUGUCUUGCCAUGAUUUCCAGUCGGCUUUCUCUCUCUUCAGGGAUAUGAGAGAAGCUAGAAUAUCCGACCUGAAGGGUAGUUAUUUAACCAUAAUGACCGGUUUAACCGAGAGCCACCGGCCUGAACUUAUGUUAGCUUUCUUAGAUGAGGUUGUGGAGGACCCACGGGUUGAGAUAGGUACCCACGACUGGAAUUCCAUCAUCCAUGCCUUCUGCAAGGCAGGGAAGAUGGAAGACGCGAGAAGGACAUUCAGGAGGAUGAGUUUCUUGAGGUUUGAACCAAAUGCCCAAACAUAUCUCUCUUUGAUCAAUGGGUAUGUGGCGGGGGAGAAAUACUUCAACAUUCUUUUGCUAUGGACUGAGGUGAGAAAGAAGGUUUCCGUUGAUGCGGAGAGAAGGUUGAUGCUGGACAAUGGGUUGGUUGACGCUUUUUUGUAUGCUUUGGUUAAAGGAGGGUUUUUUGAUGCCGUGAUGCAAGUGGUGGAGAAAUCUCAAGAGAUGAAGAUAUUCGUAGAUAAGUGGAGGUAUAAGCAAGCUUUCAUGGAAAAGCAUAAGAAAAUAAGAGUGUCAAAGUUGAGAAAAAGGAACAUGAGGAAGAUGGAAGCAUUGGUUGCUUUCAAGAAUUGGGCUGGUCUUAAUACUUGAGGAAGCCUUAUAGAUGAUCCUCUUAGUGGCUACACGCCUUAUAGUGGGGCCUGUUAAAUUUUGAAGUGAACCCUCCAUGCAUUCAUUGCCCUGACACACUUCAUAGAUAACUCUAUUGUUCUUGAUGUUGGGUCUUUCAGGCCAUUCUAAGUUACACUGUUUAUAUUUGCUCAUCCUACAAGUGAUAAAGUAGAGAAGGAAUUUGGAUUUGGUUUAUUUCACGGUGUAUACUUGGUGAAACACCAUCUAUUACUCUAAGCCCCAUCCGUGUGUAGAUUUAUUGUGUAUGUGAUCGAAAUGUAUGGACUGUCAGAUCUCUGAAAUUUUUAGUCCCGGCAAGAAGUCCAUUGUGAAGAACAUGGGUGGCAUGUGUCUAAUUAUUACUGUAACUAAUAGACUAAUAAGCACAAUACAUAUAAAAAUAUAAAAGACAAAACGCUCUACCCUGCUAUUAUGGAGAAAUUUAUUGCCAAUAGAGCAUACUCUUUAAGUCUUUAUUAUGAAAUAUGAAUGUAUCUUAUGUUUGAC